AUGAGCUCCUCCACGUCCAUUUGCAAAGAUGCCGGGGAGGGAACACUGAAGCGAGACACUUUGGAACUAUACAUGGCUACCGGCGGGGACAUCAAUGGAGCUUAUAACAAAGAGGAGCACACGCCCCUGAUGAUCGCCGUGUUGCACGGCCGAAAAGACGUCGUCAAGCUCCUACUCUCCAAGAAUGCCGACACCAACCGGCGAGGUGCCAAUGGCGAGUCCGCGCUCUGGCUAGCGACUUCCAAGACCACGCAUUACCGCCAAAAGAUCGUCUCCCUGCUCCUGGCCGCAACGGUCAAGCCCGAUCUCAAUGUGACGCCCAAUAUUGGCUCCGGCAAUACUCCGCUCAUGGAAGCGGUUGUCCAGUUCGGAGACACUGCUGUUGCCAGAAUGCUUGUGGAUGCCGGCGCAGAGGUGGACAAGCGGAACCAGAAAGGCAAGACGGCCAAGCAGCUCGCCGAGAAGAAGAAGGACGAGUUGUUGGUGGUGGCUCUGCUUCCUGCCGAGGAGCGGAAGAAGGUCCGGGUUCCCUUCAUCACCAGGAUUAAUAGGCUCAUCGGCCACAUGAUUGCAUGGGUGAACGUCGCGACGGUUGCAGCGGCCGGCGCCUUCGGGCGGUUGAAGAAACUGUUUAAAAUCAGCGGCGCAAAGGACACGUCCGUGCCCCGGGACCUGCAGGACUGUGCCACGGCCCAAGACUUCAAGGAGAGUGUGAACGAAUACGUGCAGGACUCUGGUUUGGAGCGCUUCUUUCCUCGAGACAGCGAGUUCCUUCAGAAGCUCGCUGAGGGCUUGGCACGGUUCAAGGACAGCCCCAGCGCCCUCAACACACCCGAGAACCUGAAGGGGCUCACCAAGCUGGCUCUGUAUCAGACGAUCCUAUACUGCGAGUCCCUCAAAACAUCUGGUGGCACAGACAUCGGCACAAACCUACUGCGGAAGGUGCUGCAGCCGUUCGUUUAUGAUCAGCUUAGCAACGGGGGGCUGGAUCGGCCAUAUCUGAUCUGCGUGAUCACCGACGGAGCACCGUGGCCAGAGCCAAAAGGGAAGUUUGCAGAGGUGCUGAAAGAAUGCGUGGAUAAGCUGAAGAGGGAGGGGUAUGGCGACAAGGUCGUGACGUUUAUUGUUUGCCAAAUUGGAGACGACAGCGACUCGGAGGCGUUUCUGCUCAAGCUGAGAAACAGCCAGGAGCUGGGGGACUCGGUUUACGUCUGCAAAGAGCAGCUUGAUGGCAGGUUUGUGGAGUUUAACCAGAACGAUGAAGACCUCGAGGUUCGGCUUUUCGACAUCCUUCAAACGCCGCUUGUGGGUUGA